UCGUCUUCCGCUGCUAGAUAUGCCUUCUUAUCUCAGGGGAUUCCUGAUCAAAUCCAGCCAUCUACAGCUCAACGAAGUUUUGUGGAUAAUCUCUUCGGUCCCCCUUUAUCUUGGAGAACAUUUACGCCAGUCAAAGAUUCCUCUUGACAGGCUUUUAACUGAAAAAAGCUUCCUCUGAGACAGAGCUCCCUCAGAGACAGCCACCAGCCAGCACUCCUUCCGGGAAGUCCUGACGUCAGCCCUUUUAAUGGAACUGGAGCCUGAGGAAUUGGAACUAACUGAAUUAUAUUCCCAUCUACCAGAGAUUGAAAGAUCAAUGAUUAUUGAUAAAUUACAUCAUUUAAUACACCGUCUGGAAGCCGUGAAACCAGCAACGAUUCAGACUAAAGGACAUUGUAUCAGCAAUCUCAAUGUGGGCCCGCCUCUAAAGCAGCACAAGCCCAAUAUAGUUUCCUCUAAGGUCCCAAACUCCAGCCAACUAAACAAGCCACUCCAGGGAGGUGAGGAUUGGAUAAAGUCAAGAUUUCUGGAUCCUGGGGAAAUGGCCUCUCCGCAACGGCAACAAUCCAUCCAUCAGCCGGAUAAAUAUCUGCGGAGAAGAAAAGGCGCACAUGAAAUAGAACCCAAGACUGAUCUUACCCGCUGGCGAUUAAGCACCGUGGAAGGACGGCAGGGAUGGUACUACGUGGCAGACAAUGAAGAAUGUGCCCGUGAACAGAAUGCAAUCGAGGCUUACACUUUAGGGUUGGACACUAGUAAAUUCUUUCCAGACGUACCCAAAGCCAGCACAGCCCAGGAAGCACUAUGGAAAGCGAUUCCAUUCUUCUCUGGCCUGCAAGCUGAAGAUGGCCACUGGCCCAUGGAGUGCUCUGGGGUCCUCUCCCUUGCACCAGGUCUUUUAUUUGCAUGUUAUGGUGCCAAGAUCUUACUGCCAGAAGAAGUCAAGAAAGAGUUGCUGCGUUAUAUACUCUCGAAACAGCUUCCAGAUGGUGGCUGGGGUCUCCAUCUUAAGGAACAGUCAACAGUAGUUGGCACAGCCUUCAAUUAUAUAGCUAUGAGAAUCCUUGGACUUGGACCUGACCAUCCAGAUGUAGUGCGGGCUCGGAUAAAUCUCCAUAAGAAAGGUGGUGCUCUUGGAAUUCCGCAUUUGGGUAAAGUUUGGCUGGCUGUUAUGAAUUUGUACAGCUGGGAGGGAAUGAAUUCACCAUUUCCAGAGUUGUGGCUCCUCCCUACAUGGAUACCAGGCCAUCCCUCCACUUUCUGGUGUCACGCCCGCCAUAUCACUCUUGUGAUGUGCUACUGCUAUGCCACCCGCCUGACUGUGGAAGAAGAUGAAUUGAUCCAGAGUCUAAGGCAGGAAAUUUAUGUGGAGGACUUCUCUAGCAUUGAUUGGCCAGCCCAUAGGAACAAUGUUGCCGAAACCGAUUUGCAAGCUCCACACAGCUGGAUGCUGGAUGCUGCUUAUGCAACAUUCAAUUGGUAUGAGAGAUACCAUUUUACCAGUCUCAGAAAGAAAGCCAUAGCAGAAAUGCAAGAACAAAUCAAGGCUGAUGACAUAUUCUCAAACUACACCAAUUCUAGCCCGAUCUGUAAAUCAUUUCAUGUGAUAAUAUGCUGGUAUGUUGACGGAGCCAAUUCUCCAGCCCUUCAAGAGCAUAUCUCCAGAAUCUAUGACUACCUUUGGCUUGGACAAGAUGGUAUGCUAAUGAAGGUCAUGGGAUCGCAGACCUGGGACGCAUCAUUCACUGUUCAAGGUUUCUUGGAGGCUGGGGUUCAGAACAAUCCUGACUAUGAAUCCUGUCUGAAAAAAGCCCACGUAUACUUGAAAGCCUCUCAGAUUGUAGAUAAUCCACCCAACUACCAGAGAUAUUAUCGGCAGAUGAACAAGGGCGGAUUCCCCUUCAGCUAUCGAGAGAAUGAUUGGAUAGUCAGUGACUGUACUGCUGAGGCAAUGAGGGUACUGAUGCUGCUGGAGGAAAAAUGCCCCUUCAUAGAAGAUCAUGUGGCACCUCAGCGCCUCUUUGAUGCUGUCAAUGUGAUGCUGAACAUGAGGAAUUCCAAUGGUGGUUUUUCUUCUUAUGAAACCAGGCGGGGUAGCUGGCUACCGGAGAUAAUGAACUCCUCAGAGUCAUAUGCUGACUGUAUGGUAGACCACACCUAUACAGAAUGUACUUCAUCAGUAAUGCAGGCAUUGAGACAUUUUGAGAAAAGAUUCCCACACCACCGGGUGGAUGAAAUCAGUGACACUCUCAUUAAGGGUUUGCAGUAUUGUCGUGAUAUGCAGAAAGCUGAUGGCUCCUGGUUAGGGAAUUGGGGUGUAUGUUUCACAUACGGCACUUGGUUUGCACUAGAAGCAUUUGCGUGUAUGGGAUACAUUUACCAUCAUGGGGUGGCAUGCAAGGAAGUGACCAAGGGCUGUGAGUUCUUGGUCUCCAAGCAAAUGAAAGAUGGUGGCUGGGGAGAGGAAUUUGAAUCCUACAAGUUAUGCAAAUAUAUUCAGCACACAGUAUCCCAGAUCCACCACACUGCCUGGGCUCUGUUGGGGCUGAUGGCUGUUGGAUAUCCUGAUGUUCGAGUUCUGGAAAGGGGAAUCAAAGUUUUGAUUGACAAACAGACAUCCAUUGGGGACUGGCCUCAGGGUGACAUUGCUACAGUAUUCUGCAAAGCUGGUACUCUCCACUACAGUGGCUACCGAAUCAUCUUCCCUAUUUUUGCACUUGCCCGCUUUACCCGCCUUUAUCCUAGUAGCCUUGUCACUAAAGACCUUCUGAACAAUGGAUCUGUACAUUCGGAGCAGGGUCAGACUAGAGGAUGCUGAGCAGAUAGAGAUGCAUUGUCAUUCCUGAGAGCUUGUACUUCCACCUUCUCAACAUCACACAGUGCUUUACUUUCUUGGUUGUUUAUCUCUCUGCAGUAUAUGCUGUUUAUUUUUUAUUUUUAAAAAAUACAAUGUUAAUUAACUUGAAACAUUUAUUUUGUGCAAACAUCUUUAAUUCAUCUUACUUAUUCUCAUAACCUUCCUGUGAGAUUGGCAAGGUGGGGAGGGUGUUGGCAACGAAGCUGGGAGAUAAUGCCUUUUCUUUGCCAGGCUAACUGAUCUAACAGCAUUUGUGGCUGGGAAUAGCUUAAACCAUCACAUGAGCUAUUGCCCACUCAUGAACCACAAGGGUCAUGUGUGGACUGAGCAGGUGAGGGAACUAUCUGCUGAACACUUGUGAGUUUGCUAUUCGGUCAGUCCCAUAACAUAUCCACUACUUAAAUAUAAUUCAUAGAUCUUAGAAUGAAUAGCUUCAGUCUGUAGCUGGUUUACUAUUUGGUGUCUUCCAAGUGGAGCCUGCGCAUCUCCCAAAAGCACCACAGCGGAAUAUAACAGGUGGAAUCUAACAAGUAUGUUUUAGUCUCCCUUUCAUUUGUUGGUAAAUUUCUUUGUGUUCUAUUUAGUUGUUGGCCUCUACUAAAAGCUAUGUGGCAAACAUCACACAUUGAUGGGCAACCAGUGGGACAUACAACAAUUUCUUUCUAUUCCAGAAAAAGGAUUUUCUACAUUUAAUUUCAUUACCAUGUCAAGUAAUGCCUAUUAAAUUGUGGAGAUGUUACUGCUUGUUAUAUACAGCUACUGCAAUAUGGGUCUGGUUCACAUAGAAUUUUAGUGCAGGUCUGGUGCUACUCACAGCCCCUUUUAAUUUGCAUGAUUCACAUGAUGUGACUGGCAAUCAGCAGCUAAAACACAGUUUUCCCCUUUAAAUCCGUAGUAAAAACAUGCUGUUUUAAUCCAAAAAGAGAAGGUAAAUACAUCUCCAGUUCGUAUCUCUAGGGGCUUGUAGAUGCUUUACUCCGAUGCUUCCCCUCUCCAUGCCCACUCCCUCCGCCUCCCUUUGUUCAUGACAUUUCCUGUUUGGCUGCUGGCUCCAGUUCUGCAAGCCUGCUGCAAACGGUGCUUUAUUUUUCUUUCCCACCCCAAUCUGUGCACAAAAGCAUAACUCUGUUCAAGCAAAUAUUUGCAUUCCAACUGGAUUGUAGCAGUGAAAACACAAAUAAUCGCACUUGGGGGGGUUAUGAAACUCCGGAACAAACUGAGCAUGCUCAGUUGCCAACAUAAACAGAGGAAGUGAAAUCUUGACCUUAAGAGGGCAUGGUCAUUAGGAAGCUGUGUGAUCAAUCCUUUCCCUUCAGUGUGAAUGAAAAGCACCGGGUUUGCAGCUGGCUUUGAGCCCCCUAUGUGGACUGUGCAAACAGAAAAUGGAGGUAAAAGCAGCGUUUUUAAUACGAGGUUUUGCUCCCAUGUGGAUAAGCCCAUGGUGUUGAGCAGUGAAAUGCCCUUUUCACAUUGAGCAACUCACAACUACUUCAUAGUAGUAGCAACAGUUUGAAAUGAAAUGAAAUCUGGCACAGGAAAAUAGUGUAGAUGUAGCCUUAGGGAUAGUUUCUGCCUGUUAAAAACUGUCUCCAUUUUCUUCUUUCCACUUUUCUAGAAUGUAGGGGAAAGGUCUGAGUCAAUAAGCUCCUGAAUAUAUGACUGUAUUUGAUUAUGAAUAUGACUGUAUUGUGAACUUAUCUGGUGAUUUAAUUAUUUGCUCUAGAAAUGUGUAUCAUUAAUAAAAUAUGACCAACCAACCCCUCAA